CAAUUCUGCCCCGCCAUCGUCUCACCACCAUACACUGUACGAAACCACAUCACACAAAACUACACCACACAAAACUACACCACACAAAACUACACCACACAAAGCUACACCACACAAGACCGCGCGACUGACUUGCGAUGGCCGGCUGUCUCAAAGCCCUCGGGUUCUGGAAGAAAAAGAGCAAAGGCGCCUCCGUUACCGUCACAGAUGAAAAGCCCCGCCACGUCGAGAAGAAACUUGAACCAUCUGUUGAGGUGCGGCAUGUUCAUGACACCCACCCGCCCAGAGGCAUCCCGGUUCGUCCAGACGUCAACCCGGAGUACUCGGCCUACUCCACUCCGGUCGAUACCACAUGGGCUGACUCCACGACGUCAACAAAGACACCUGGCUCGGCCGACAAUGCCGUGGAGUCCGACGAUGCCGCCCGGCGGAAGAAGGCCGAGCAAGAGGAACAGGAGCGGUUGGAUUUCUUUCAGAUGAUGUGAUCAUUGACUUGCGGUCAUGUGCAUCUGAAGAAUCAUUGCGGAGCGGGGGAUAAUCGUGGGGCAGCGCGCGUCAUCUCAACCGGCGAAUAACCCUCC